UUACAAUUACCCAAAUACCUGUAUCUCACGGAAGAAGAAGAAUUACAACAGAAAUUACAAGAUGCCACUUUAGAAGUCAAAGGCAUCGAACUCUUAGAAAAUCGUGAACGCCCCGAAUGUGAUAUGAUGCUGAUCAAUUAUCAGGAGAAAGAAGAAUUUUUAGAAGACUGCCCCUUUGGAAACGUGGUGCUGGCGUGUUUUACAACAGCUCAUGCUCGUUUACAUUUGUACGAGACGUUACAGCCUUUGGGAGAGCGUGUCUUAUACUUUGACACGGAUAGUAUCAUCUAUCAGCACGACGAGACCCAGUUCAAUCCGACCAUUAUCAACAGUUUAGGCGGCUGGACCGAUGAAUUGGGUGGAGAUCGUAUCAUCAAGUACAUGUCGGGCGGGCCCAAAAAUUAUGCAUACGAGACCCAGGGGGGAAAAUCUGUCUGCAAAGUCAAAGGAUUGACACUCAAUUAUCGUGCCUCUAGAGUCGUGUCUCUCGAUACGUUGGAAAAAAUGUUAAAAGGAGAAGAAGAAGAAGUCCAUGUCCGCUAUCCGCACUUUAUUCAACGAACCCGCCAACAUGAUGUGCGAACCAUUCCUCUGGUGAAGAAAUACCGCAUGGUGUAUGAUAAACGUCAACGUAUUCAUGACUAUGACACGCUGCCUUACGGGUAUUAAAAAGGAAACGCGUCUUGAGAAAAACAUCAGUCUGCAAAAUGAGUAAAUACGGAUCACUACAGAAUCCUUCAGUGCCUUCCUAUGGUGAAUUAUCGGCUCGUCUAGCGUCAUUUCAUACAGCCCCCGAUAUUCUGUUGAACUUAUUACCUAACAUUGCAGAAGCCGGAUUCUUUUACAAAGGAAUGGAUGAUCAUGUGCGUUGUUUUCAUUGCACAUUAUCUCUCAAACAUUGGGAACCCGGGGACGAUCCUUGGAUAGAACAUGCCUAUUGGAGCCCUCAUUGUGCUUACGUGUUGUGCAAUAAAAGUGUCAAAUGGGUACGACAAGCCUUCAAUGCCUAUGCCCGCGCUAAAGACAGUGAUCGCGAUUGGGGAGACUUACCCUUAGACGCGGCAGGGAAUCCAAUGUGUACCCAGAAAUGUCACAUUUGUUUAGAACGAGACUUGAGAAUUGCUUUUUUACCUUGUGGUCAUUUAUGUACUUGUGCUAUGUGUGCUUCAGGACUUAGAACAUGUCCUAUUUGUAGAGAUGCUUUUGUAGAAACGGUUCGUAUUUUUACUUGUUAAUAAAUAUGUAUGAUCCCAUGAACUUGUGUCAUUUAUCAAGAUGUAUACCUACGAGACACUUGAGCCUUUUCAGUUGAAACAUGAAUUUACCAUGGUGGUGGCUGGACCCUCUAAAUCGGGUAAAACGGAAUUUGUGAAGCAACUGGUACAAAAUACGCAGUGGAUUGCACCGCCUCCCGAAAAGAUAGUAUGGUGUUAUCGAGAAUGGCAGUCCGCGUACGAAUCCUUACAGGACAAGGUCACUUUUAUCCGCAAUAUACCUCAAGACGAUGAGCAGAUAGUGGCGGAUCUCAG